AUGGCUGAGUCCACACCGCUCUACGGGAGAGGCGAUAGAGUUUCUUCUGUAGUCUUCCGUGGGCGCAGGCUAGAAAUCGCUGGAAAAUGGUGUCUCCCUUCCCACUAUGAUCUGCAAGAGGAUGCGGUUCUGGAGCUUGUCACCACUCGAAAACCGUCCAAAAAGGUACAAGAUUCUAUUUCGAAGAGCCUCGAUGAAUCUGGGGUCUGUUGCUCGUUUGACGGGAAGAGCCUCUUCGUUUUCUUCCCGACGUCUCUCGCAUACGCGACGCUAGCCGAUGCAAAAGAACAGGUCCGGUGCUAUGCCAUGAAGAAAGGGAACGUGUUCGAGUUUCUCUUGCUGCCCAGCCCGCUUUGGAAGUCGAAAGAGGGCAAGUUCUUCAUGCCUCAACAAGCUCUCUUCCGGACGUGUGAGCCCUACUGUCCAUCCGAGGGGAUCCUAGCGUUCGAGAUUGGGGAGAGGCACGAAGAGCCAGCGUGGCGCCAACUUUUGGAAUCCGGGGCAUUUUCUGGAGUCUUGGCCUUGAUGCCGGGAUGCCUGGACGUGGUUCUUAUCACUCGCCAAGGGACUCAACGAUUCCAUGACCCCGACUUUGUAGACUUGGGCGAGCUGUUGAGUGGCUUUCGGCUCUAUCUCACGGCUCUUCCAAGGGUACUCUGGCCAACACUCCGGGAAGAUCGGAGGGGCUACAUGACAACCAACAAGAAGCUGGCGGAUAUCCUUUGCAAACGGAUACGCGAAGGGAAUGUAGAGGAGGCGAAAGCGGUGGUGUGUUUUAUGUCUUGUUUAGAUACGUUUAGCUCCUUUGAGGUGCUCCCUCUGGUUCUAGCUGUGUCCAAGAACAUGGAAGAGCUCGUGGAGUUUAUGUGUCAAUUUGAGGUCGACGUGGAUCAAGUUGACUGGUUUGGUCAAACUGCACGAGCUCGUGCUACGGGAAAGAUUCGAAAGUUUAUCGACGAGAAAUACCCGGAUGCCCCGGAUGCUCCUGAAGGUUUGACAGUGAGCGCCCCUGAACCAUCAACGGUGAAAGUUUCUGGUCUCACUUCCGAAAAUCUCCGGAAACUGAUAAAGAUGGUCUCCGGAAGAAAGAUUGCCGCCUACUAUCUCCCUGAUGCAGUUGGAGAAACCAAUACAAUGUGUUUGCAGCAAUUGUUUCCUGAUGCGAGCGAUCCUGAUUCAUUACUUCGAGAGGUCAAAGCCACGCUAAUGGUAGGAGGAGACUAAUGGUGUUGGCGCGAUGGCAGUGCUUGGCGGGUUUUGAGGAACAUGACCACCUCUCUCGUUGUAGAGUUUCCAUCAAGGAAAAUCCACCCAACAUUGCAAUUACGCCCGUCAAAUGUCGAGGCGCAGGAUUUAUCCACACCCAUGCUAUCAAACAAGGCCUCUGU